AUGGACGUGGACAUGGACGUGGACAUGGACGUGGACGUGGACGUGGACAUAGACGUGGACGUGGACAUGGACGCGGACAUGGACGUGGACAUGGACGUGGACAUGGACAUGGACGUGGACAUGGACGUGGACAUGGACGUGGACAUGGACGUGGACAUGGACGUGGACGUAGACGUCGGCGUGGACGUGGACGUGGACGUGGACGUGGAGAUGGACGUGGACGUGGACGUGGAGGACUUGGACGUGGAGAUGGACGUUGACGUCGACGUGGACGUGGACGUGGACAUGGAUGUGGACGUGGACAUGGACGUGGACGUGGACGUGGACAUGGACGUGGACAUGUACGUGGACGUCGACGUGGAAGGGGACGUGGACGUGGAGAACUUGGACGUGGACAUGGACGUGGACAUGGACGUGGACGUGGACGUGGACGAAGACAUGGUCGUGGAUGUGGACGUGGACGUGGACGUGGACGUGGACGUGGACAUGGACUUAGACGUGGACGUGGACGUGGACGUGGUCGUGGACGUGGACGUGGUCUUGGACAUGGACGUGGACGUGGACAUGGACGUGGACGUUGUCGUGGACGUAGACAUGGACGUGGACCUGGACGUGGACGAGGACGUGGACGUGGACAUGGACGUGGACAUGGACGUGGACGUGGACGUGGACAUGGACGUGGACGUGGACGUGGACCUGGACGUGGACCUGGUCGUGGACAUGGACGUGGACAUGGACGUGGACGUGGACCUGGACCUGGACGUGGACGUGGACGUGGACGUGGACGUGGACAUGGACGUGGACGUGGACGUGGACAUGGACGUGGACGUGGACGUGGACGUGGACGUGGACGUGGACGUGGAGUGGACGUGGACGUGGACGUGGACGUGGACACAUGGACGUGGACAUGGACGUGGAGUGGACGUGGACGUGGACGUGGACGUGGACAUGGACAUGGACGUGGACGUGGACGUGGACGUGGAUGUGGACGUGGACGUGGACGUGGACGUGGACGUAGACGUGGACGUGGACGUGGACAUGGACGUGGACGUGGACGUGGACGUGGACAUGGACGUGGACGUGGACGUGGACGUGGACAUGGACGUGGACGUGGACGUGGACGUGGACGUGGACAUGGACGUGGACAUGGACGUGGACAUGUACGUGGACGUGGACAUGGACGUGGACAUGGACGUGGACGUGGACGUGGGCGUGGACGUGGACGUGGACGUGGACAUGGACGUGGACGUGGACGUGGAGGACUUGGACGUGGAGAUGGACGUUGACGUGGACGUGGACGUGGACGUGGACAUGGACAUAGACGUGGACAUGGACGUGGACGUGGACGUGGACAUGGACGUGGACAUGUACGUGGACGUCGACGUGGAAGUGGACGUGGACGUGGAGAACUUGGACGUGGAGAUGGACGUUGACGUGGACGUGGACGUGGAAGUGGACGUGGACGUGGACGUGGACAUGGACGUGGACAUGGACGUGGACGUGGACGUGGAUGAAGACAUGGUCGUGGAUGUGGACGUGGACGUGGACGUGGACGUGGACAUGGACUUAGACGUGGACGUGGACGUGGACGUGGACGUGGUCGUGGACGUGGACGUGGUCUUGGACAUGGACGACGUGGACGAGGACGUGGACGUGGACAUGGACGUGGACAUGGACGUGGACGUGGACGUGGACGUGGACGUGGACCUGGUCGUGGACAUGGACGUGGACGUGGACGUGGACGUGGACCUGGACCUGGACGUGGACGUGGACGUAGACGUAGACGUGGACGUGGACGUGGACGUGGACAUGGACGUGGACGUGGACGUGGACGUGGACGUGGACUGGGACAUGGACGUGGACGUGGACGUGGACGUAGACGUGGACAUGGACGAUGGACGUGGAGUGGACGAGGACGUGGACGUGGACGUGGACGUGGACGUGGACGUUGACGUGGAGGUGGACGUGGACGUGGACGUGGACGUGGACGUGGACGUGGACGUGGACGUGGACGUGGACGUGUACGUGGACGUGGACGUGGACGUGGACGUGGAGGUGGACGUGGACGUAGACGUGGACGUGGACUUGGACGUGGACGUGGACGUGGACAUGGACGUGGACGUAGACGUGGACGUGGACAUGGACCUGGACGUGGACGUGGACGUGGACGUGGACGUGGACGUGGACAUGGACCUGGACGUGGACGUGGAGGUGGACGUGGACGUAGACGUGGACGUGGACGUGGACGUGGAUGUGGACAUGGACGUGGACGUGGACGUGGACGUGGACGUGGAGGACGUGGACGUGGACGUGGACGUGGAGAACUUGGACGUGGACAUGGACGUGAACGUGGACGUGGAGGACUUGGACGUGGACAUGGACGUGGACGUGGAGUGGACUGGACGUGGACGUGGACGUGGACGUGGACGUGGACGUGGACGUGGACGUGGAGUGGACGUGGACGUGGACGUGGACAUGGACGUGGACGUGGACGUGGACGUGGACGUGGACGUGGACGUGGACGUGGACGUGGAGAUGGACGUGGACGUGGACGUGGCCGUGGACAUGGACGUGGACGUAGACGUGGACGUGGACGUGGACGUGGACGUGGAGGACGUGGACGUGGACGUGGACGUGGAGAACUUGGACGUGGACAUGGACGUGAACGUGAACGUGGACGUGGACGUGGACGUGGAGGACUUGGACGUGGACAUGGACGUGGACGUGGAGGUGGACAUGGACGUGGACGUGGACAUAGACGUGGACGUGGACGUGGACAUGGAUGUGGACGUGGACGUGGACGUGGACAUGGACAUGGAUAUGGAUGUGGACGCGGACGUGGACGUGGACAUAGACGUGGACGUGGACGUGGACGUGGACAUGGACGUGGACGUGGACAUGGACGUGGACGUGGACAUGGUCGUGGACGUGGACGUGGACGUGGACGUGGAAAUGGACGUGGACAUGGACGUGGACGUGGACGUGGAGGACUUGGACGUGGAGAUGGACGUUGACGUGGACGUGGACGUGGACGUGGACAUCGACGUGGACGUGGACAUGGACGUGGACGUGGAGAUGGACGUGGACGUCGACGUGGAAGUGGACGUGGACGUGGAGAACUUGGACGUGGACAUGGACGUGGACAUGGACGUGGACGUGGACGUGGACGAAGACAUGGUCGUGGAUGUGGACGUGGACGUGGACGUGGACGUGGACAUGGACUUAGACGUGGACGUGGACGUGGACGUGGUCGUGGACGUGGACGUGGUCUUGGACAUGGACGUGGACGUGGACAUGGACGUGGACGUGGACGUGGACGUAGACAUGGCAAGGACCUGGACGUGGACGAGGACGUGGACGUGGACAUGGACGUGGACGUGGACGUAG